CUUCAUGCUGCCUCCAGCCUUAAAACUCCGCAGCCGCCAAGUGGGCGCUCCGCUCCAGCACUCCGGGGCCCAUGCGCCCCUUCCCCAUCUCCCUCCUUCGCUCGCCCUGAUCCAGCCGGGACCCCCAGCCUGCUGCUGUCCCCCACCCUACCCUUAGCCCAGGCAUGGGCUCUUCCCACUCGAUCUCCGAGGAGACCCGGCAACUCGCCCACAAGACCGGCUUUACUACGGAUCAAAUUGAGAACCUACACCGGCGAUUUAAGCAGCUGAGUGGAGACCAGCCAACCAUCCGUAAGGAGAACUUUGAUCGUGUUCCUGACUUGGAAUUCAACCCAAUUCGGUCGAAAAUUGUCCAAGCCUUUUUUGACAAGAGGAAUCUGCGGGGGGCCUCGGAGGGUUUUGUGGAUGAGAUCAACUUUGAGGAUUUUCUGACCAUCAUGUCCAACUUCCGCCCCAUCGAGCUGAAUAUGGACGAAGAGCAGCUGGACCGGUUCAGGAAGCAGAAGUUGAAAUUCCUUUUCCACAUGUACGAUGGAGACAGCGAUGGCAAAAUCACCUUGCAGGAAUACAGGAAUGUGGUCCAACAGAUGCUCUCGGGAAACCCCCAUCUGGAUAAGGAAUCCGCGAGAUCCAUAGCAGACGGAGCCAUGAUGGAGGCUGCUAGCAUCUGCGUGGGACAAAUGGAGCCGGACCAAGUCUACGAAGGGAUCACAUUUGAUGAUUUCCUGAAGAUAUGGGAAGGCAUCGACAUAGAGACCAAGAUGCACGUUCGCUUCCUCACGCUGGAACCCAUGGCGCUCUGCUACUGACGGCGGCGGAGUAGCUACAACCGGGUGGUGGGGAGGCUUUGGAGGAGAUGGCCAGGAGCUUGUUUGGGUGGGAGGGAGGGCCACGUGUCUGAUGGAGCAGCUGCCACGGAUCUACGAAGUUCAAACCAGCCGCAUGGAUUCCCAUCUUGAGUUGAAGAACCACCACCUGGCCUGCAGUAAAAAGGACCUCAGUUCUGAUGCAACGUUGUAGUGCUUUGCUGUGUUUGUGCAGUUGUGUUUUACUUCUAGCUUCCUGGGCGAAUGGCUAUAUAUAUUUACCGGUAGUCCUUGACUUAAUGACCACAAUGGAGACCAACUGUUUCCUAAGCGAGGCACUUUGUGAGUUUGGCUCAAUUUACAACGUUUCCUUGCUAUCUUUGUUAAGCGAAUCACUGCCAAGUAGUUGAGUUAGUAACACGGUUAAUUGAACCUGGCUUCCCCACCGACUUUGCUUAUCGGGUCACAAAAUGUGACUGCCUCAUUCCAGGACACUUGCAACCAUCCUAUUCAGAAGCUUGGGAAUUGACGCAUAUAUAUGAGUCAAUUGCCAAGCUGCUAAAUUUCAAUCGUGUGCGAUCGACGUGCAAUCAUAAAUGCGAAAAACAAUCAUGUUUAAACGUUCAUCGUUCAGCGAUGUUAUAACUUCGAAUGGUCACUAAACGAACUGUUUUAAGUCAAGGAUUACCCGUACUAGCUUUCAAGUGGUAAUUAUAUAUAGUCAUUCUUCUAUGUACAUAUUAGCAUUUAGUACAGAUAGUUCUAUUUAUGUACUAAAAUAUGCUAAUAUGUGUAAUAUGUAUAUACAUACAGGGAUGGGCAUAAUUUGUCUAUUCCUGGGAUGAACUAAUUAUGCUAACAAGUCUCUGUGUGUAUAUAUAUAUAUAAAGCCCCAAUGUUUAGCUUCUCAUCCAAGAAGCUUCGUCAGU